GGACUGUGAUCUCACCAUAUAUAUAUAUACACAAACAUACUCACCAUUUCUAUCAGCCGCCAAAUCCAUUAAUUCAUGCAUGCAACAUCACCAACAAAAUACGAAUAAAAAAUCGAACAACAAAAUGUACAAGGCCACCUCCUCCUCCGCCGCCAACUCCGCCGCGGCCGAUGCGGCCGCGGCGGAGCAGAAGUACAAGGGCGUGCGGAAGCGGAAGUGGGGGAAGUACGUGUCCGAGAUACGCCUCCCCAACAGCCGGGAGCGCAUCUGGCUCGGCUCCUACGACACGGCGGAGAAGGCGGCGCGGGCCUUCGACGCCGCCCUCUUCUGCCUCCGCGGCCCGAGCGCGAAGCUCAACUUCCCCGGCGACCCCCCCAACAUCUCCGGCUGGCAGGCCCUCACCCCCGCCGAGAUACAGGCCGUGGCGCAGCACUACGGCAACACCUACUCCCCGCCGACGCCGCCGCCGCCGCCGCGGGCCCCGGAGUUGGACGACGGCGCGUCGCCGUCGUCCAACUCCGAGGGGGCCGAGCCCGCGGACUCGAUCGACUGGUCGUUCCUGGACGUGCUGGACUCGGACGCCGCCGCGAAUGCGGGCCGUGUUUCCGACUUCGGGCUCUUUCACGAGCCCGUCGACAUGUACAUGCCGCCGCAUCUCCCGGAGAGAGGCGGCCACGACGAAGACGACGACGACGAUGGAAAUGGUGGCAAUGUGGCAUCAUCUUUUCUCUGGAAUUUCUGACCAUCAUAGAAUUUAAUCAAGUAAGCUUUUAGUAUAAUAAUUAAUUAUCUAAAAACAGGGAUUAGGUAAUUAAUUAACUAAGAUUAAUUGUCACGCUUUCCGGUUAUAUAUAAUAUAUAUAUAUAUACUAUAUUUUUUUUGCCGGGAGUCAAGAUGGGAUUUGUUUAUGAUUACCCAUUUAUGGUGUUGUUUAAGAUAGCUAGUGCAAUUUCCCUAUAUAAUUAAUUUCUAUUCCCUGAUAGAUAUAUAUGUAUUUUUUUUAUAGAGUGGAGUGUUGUUGUAAUAAUAAGAUGCUGUUCCUAUACAUACUGUAUCAAUGAAUAUAACAAUAAAAUUGCUGAUUAUCUUUUUAA